AUGGCCAGUACCGGAGAGAGCGAGUUCAAGCGUGUGCAGGAGGACGAGGAGGAGUUCCAGAAGGGUCCGCUCUCAGUGCUCAUGCACAGCGUCAAGAACAACUCGCAGGUGCUAAUCAACGUGCGUAACAACCACAAGCUACUGGCGCGUGUCAAGGCCUUCGAUCGCCACUGCAACAUGGUGCUGGAGAACGUUAAGGAGAUGUGGACCGAGGUGCCCAAGGCCGGCAAGGGCAAGAAGGCAGCCAAACCCGUCAACAAGGACCGCUUCGUCAGCAAAAUGUUCCUGCGUGGAGACUCGGUCAUUAUCGUGCUACGGAACCCGCACGCUUAG